UGUAUCAGAAUAUGUAAAAUUACAUGAAAUUGUGUUUGGCGUUUUUGUCGAUGGCAAAAAGUAAAAAAAAAAAUGAAAAAACCCGAAAAUGUCAAAUUCUUUGAAGUAAUUUAUUAUUUAAUAUUUUGUUAAAAAAUUCGUAUUUGUACACGGCAAGCACGCGUGAAUUGAUUUUAAAGGGAGCCCAAUCGAGACUAAAAUGAAUAAUGAUGCGAAAAAUCAUGAUGGCGAUGACUUGAACUUGAAUUUAAAUAACGUGCGUCCUGCGUAUUUAAACAAAAACAAAGCAAAGACAACUGCAAAACCAACAACAACAACAUCAGCAGCAGUAGCAGCGGCAGCCAAAUCAGCAACAACUAUAACAACACAAGUUAAAGCUAACAGCGCCGCAUCUGCACAACGAAUUGCAGUAGCAAAGAAUAACAGCAAUAACAACAACGUAAGGCAGGUGAAUUAUACCGGUCCGCGGAUAGCAGCCGCCAGACACUCCAUACCGGCUGCGCUCAUCGCAAACAACAUAAAGAACACGAACACCAACGCUAACAAUAACAACAGCAGCAAUAGUAAGAAGAAGGCUGUCAAGCAUGAGACGGCGACUGUUGUUGCCAAGGAUCUGACGACAACUCCAACUGCAGCGACUGCAGCUGAGCUGACUCAAUUGCAGAGCAGCAACAAUAACAGCCCAAGUGUCAGGUUAAAAGUGAAUAGCAACAACAGCGCACUAGCCACUGCCAAUACUAACAACAAUAACACCAGCAAAAUGUCAAAAACGGCUGCCAGCAAAACAAACGCGCAAAGCGAUGCGGCUGCGGCUGCAUUCGUUACAGCUGGCACCACAACUACAGCCACGCCCACAGCCACGCCCAUGCCCGCCACAUCAACAACAACUGCAACCACAACUACAACAAGUGAAACGGCAACAAUAAAUGCACCCAUAGCAGCCGCUGUCGCUGCCAAAUUUCGAGCGGCCAUCGCCUCUGCGCCCGCUCCAGCACCCGCUCCCGCGCCAACGCCCAGCAGCUCCAAGAAGACGCGAGCUGCAUAUGCUGCGAUUAAGCGGCAGGUAGUCAUGCAGCAGCAGCAGCAAAAUGCGACGUCUUCAACUGCAGCAAUUGGUUCAACCGCCGCACACGCUAGCAACAAGGACUCCGCGCAUUUGAAAUUCGCAGCAACAACUUUGCUAAGGGGUGUCGCUGCCGCUGCUGCCGAUAGCAACGCUGGCGCUGCUGUUGGACUUGGUCUGACACCGCAAACGAGCAGCUCGACGGCCACAGCUGUGGCUGUGCUCAAAAAGCUGAAGGAUGUGGGUGCCAUAUCGAAUGCCGCAGCUGCUGCCGCCGCAGCAGCGGCCGCUGCAAAUCGAACAGCUGCUUCAUCGUCCACAUCAUCCAAUUCCUCGCCACUGUCAUCGUCGGUGGGCAUUGUGAAUGCAUUUUCAUCGGCAUUGCAGAAUAUCAUAACAACGGAUACAGAUACGGAUACCGAGUUCUACCCGCAGCCCGUCACCACAGAUUUAUCGGAAUCUGAGGAGGAGUCUGUCUCAGAGAUCCUAUUGGCAUUCUUGUGUUUAAGGCCAGAUCUCCUGGAUGAUAUAGCCGAAUCUGAUCACGAUAGCUGUCCACAUGAGGAGGGCGAAGCGCGAGAAGAUGAUGAUGAGACGGAAGAGGAAUCUGAAGAUUCUGAUGAGUCUGAAGGUGAUGACGAGGAAGAAGAUGAAGAGAUUGACGUACUGCAAGAUAACGAUGCCGAUGAUGAGGACAUCGACGAAGAGGAUGAUGAGGAGGAUGCGCCAGAGGUAAAGAACUUUUUGCUUGAGCCAAAUAACAAGCGUUCGAGUAAUCUCACGGCCCUACUGGAGGCAGCCGCUAACGACAAGGCUCCUGUUCUCCGACACGCCACGCACGCGAUCGAUGAAACCAAGCAGGCGCUAACAAAAAUGCGUUGUGCCAACAGUCCACGCGACAAAAAUAGUGGUUUCUCGCGCAGCCUUGUCAACGCCUGCGCGGACAAUGAUGUCAACACUGUGAAACGUUUGCUUUGCAAAGGCAACUUAAACGAAGCAGCUGCGUCCACGGAUGAAGGCGAGUCGUUAUUGUCGAUGGCUUGUUCGGCAGGGUACUAUGAGUUAGCACAGGUUUUGCUGGCUAUGUCAGCAGCUCAAGUCGAGGACAAGGGACAAAAAGACUCGACACCACUAAUGGAAGCUGCUUCUGCCGGACACUUGGACAUUGUCAAACUGCUGCUUAGCCACAAUGCCGAUGUAAAUGCACAUUGCGCAACUGGCAAUACACCACUAAUGUUUGCUUGCGCCGGUGGCCAGGUUGACGUUGUGAAAGUUUUGCUCAAACAUGGCGCUAACGUUGAAGAACAAAACGAAAAUGGACAUACACCGUUAAUGGAGGCUGCCUCCGCUGGCCACGUGGAAGUUGCCAAGGUGCUGCUUGAGCAUGGAGCCGGCAUUAACACCCACUCGAAUGAAUUUAAGGAAAGUGCGCUCACAUUAGCGUGCUAUAAGGGUCAUCUGGAUAUGGUGCGUUUUCUGUUACAAGCUGGCGCUGAUCAGGAGCAUAAAACUGAUGAAAUGCACACGGCACUAAUGGAGGCUUCAAUGGAUGGGCACGUGGAGGUGGCGCGUUUACUGUUGGAUUCUGGGGCGCAAGUUAACAUGCCAACUGAUUCAUUUGAGUCGCCGCUUACGCUGGCUGCCUGUGGUGGUCAUGUAGAGCUUGCAACACUGUUAAUUGAGCGUGGUGCCAACAUUGAGGAGGUCAACGAUGAAGGCUACACUCCUCUAAUGGAAGCGGCACGGGAAGGCCAUGAGGAAAUGGUGGCUCUGCUGCUAACAAAAGGAGCCAACAUUAAUGCCACCACUGAGGAAACUCAGGAAACUGCCCUUACACUUGCCUGUUGUGGCGGCUUUAGUGAAGUGGCCGCUUUCCUGAUAAAUGGAGGUGCCAAUUUAGAGCUAGGCGCAUCCACGCCGCUCAUGGAAGCUUCGCAGGAAGGUCAUACUGAUCUGGUGCGCUUUCUGUUGCAGAACAAGGCAAAUGUUCAUGCGGAAACGCAAACCGGAGAUACAGCACUAACGCAUGCCUGCGAGAACGGGCAUACAGAUGCUGCCGGUGUGCUCUUGUCAUAUGGCGCAGAAUUGGAACACGAAUCCGAAGGUGGACGUACACCGUUGAUGAAAGCUUGUCGUGCCGGUCAUUUGUGCACUGUAAAAUUUCUCAUUCAAAAAGGCGCUAAUGUUAACAAGCAGACGACCAGCAAUGAUCACACUCCACUCUCGUUGGCAUGUGCCGGUGGGCAUCAAUCAGUGGUUGAAUUGUUGCUCAAGAACAAUGCCGAUCCCUUUCACAAGCUCAAGGAUAACAGCACUAUGUUGAUCGAGGCCUCUAAGGGUGGUCACACACGUGUUGUGGAGUUACUCUUUCGCUAUCCCCACAUUUCACCCACAGAACUGUCUCCUGGCACAAGUGCUCAAACAGUUAAUCAAAUACGUCAACAAAAGAUAUUGCAGCAGCAGAUACAGCACCAGCUACAGAUGCAACAGUUGAAUGCUCCUCCCGGACUGCACGAGGUGACUGAGGCAGCACGCGCCACCAAUCAGCAACUGUUAUACCAGCAGCAAUUCAGCGGUAACGGACCUAGCAAUAUUGUGGCGCUUGGUACAGGUGAUUUUCUGGAUGCUGGUGAGCUUCAGCUAACGGCGGCUUCUGCUGCCAGCAUUACUGACGCGACUGCCACUGAGGAGUACGUCUCUACAAUGGGUGGUGUCGGUGGCGGUGGCAUUGACUUGACCACGCUGAGCGCACAACAGCAGGAAGGCCUUAUUGCCAAAUCACGUCUGUUUCACCUGCAGCCAGGAUUUGAGCAACAGCAGCAAACGACACUGCCGCCAACUGGAGCCCAGCUGGUGCCCUGUAAGCACUAUGACAUGGACCACAUAAAUUCUCUAACACCUCCACAAAAGGCUCCACCAGCGCCACCUGUUAUGUUGCACACUGUUUGCCAACAACCUGUACUACAACAGCAGCAACAACAACAGCAACCAAAGCUCAAGGGUCUAGGGUCGCGCAAGAAUCGCCAGCAACUUUUAUGCGAACUAAAGGCUAUUGACUUGACAUUGGAAGCAAUCGAUUUGCCGUUAGAACAGAUUUCGCAGCAAAUACGCUCCCAACCGCUAGGCGAGGACGAGAAGCAGCAGCAGUUACAACAGCAGCAAUUUACCUGCUCUGGAGAUGAACCGCGUUUGCAGAGGCGGCGAGGCUUUGAUCCGCCAUGCGAGGGUAACGAUGGCAGCGAUACGACUUUGGAAACAACUCAAAAAGUUGUCGCAGUCAAUGAUAGCAAUCAAAGUCCACUAACUGCGAACGAAAACGGCUCACAGAUUCCAGCGCUUAAUACUAGUGGCUCUGGUGCCAUUACCCACUCCUCAGAGGUGCUGCAGAGCACUGCAAUUAGCGAUCGACCCAAGGUCAAAGCCAGCAACAAGAACAAUCGCAAGCAGGCGGGCACACUAGCAGCUCGGGCUUCCGCGGCGACAACAGCAACUGGACAGUCGGGACAAAAUCAAAUGGUCUCCUUCUUUAACAAUUUGCAAUUGCAACAGCAACAGGAGCUUCAAUUA